AUGGAGGAAGAAGCAAGAGAAGUGGUGAUGGACAAGGAUCUCGAGAAGAAGAUAAAGGAAACGGUGAAUAAGAUCUUGGAACGAUCGAGUUUGUUUCAGAUUACAGAGGUGAAGGCGCGAGAAGAAGCUUCCUCUGAGUUGGAUCUCGAUCUUUCGCGAGAUCCCUACAAGCUCAUCGUGAGAGAAGCCGUCGAGAGCUUCAUCGAGAAGGCGAUAGCGACAAUCGAGAGCGAGAUGGGAAAGCGUCACACUCAGAUCGUACAAGACGUCGAGGGAGUAAGCGAUCAAUCGGCUAAGAAAAAGAAGAAGAAGAAGAAGACGAGUAAGCAAGACUCUGCUGCGUAG